CAUUCUGACAGAUAAUUGUGAGGUUAUGUCAUCAAAUUUCCAAAAAAACGUUUUAUUUGCACAAGUAAUUACAUAACUCGGCACUUUGACCAUAAAUACCACAAUUACUGGCAAUAUCUAACAUUUGAGAAAUAGUUGAGUCAUGGCAGGUCGUGUUUUAGAGGCCAAGGGCCUCAUGAAUUUUAUCCGAAAUAGCAAAGGUUUCGACAAAGUUUUGGAAAAAGUAAAAAUACUCUCUCUAGGUGGUGGCAAAUGCUCGGCAGAAUUCAAAGUUGACGAAAGUCAUACCAAUCCCAUGGGCGGGUUACAUGGGGGGUUUUCGGCAACUUUAGUCGAUUGUAUUUCAACGUAUGCACUCAUGUCGAAAGUUGAGGUACCUAACGUCUCGGUUGAUAUUCAUAUGAGUUAUUUAAAAGGAGCGAAAAUUGGAGAUGACGUUCUAAUUGACGCAAGUGUACUCAAAACUGGCAAAAGUCUCGCAUUUCUUGAAGUUGAGCUUAAAAAUAAAGAAAGUGGCGAUGUGCUGGUUAAAGGGUCACAUACGAAAUUUUUAAUGCGAUGAUUCUGUAUUUUGGGUUGAAUCUGUCUAGUCAUUUUCAAGGUUUUGUUAUCUUGUACACAUUUUUGUUAUCAGAUAAAUAAACUCUUUGAAUCAUUGAA